UGCGGCUGGCUCCCCUGCUCCUGAAGGUCCAGAGCCUCUUCCUCCGGGUCCUUCUUCCGUGCCUCCGAUCUGCUGGAGCUUGUUCUAACAACAGAUCAUAGGAAGGACAGAGUUCUCAGGGACACGUGUGUCCUAGGCCUAAAUCCUUUAUCAUCAUGGUACGUGGCUGUGGUCUGCUCACUCGCCAGAAUCAACCAGUGGCACUGAAGAAUAUCUCUGUGGCUGUGUCCAUCCAUGAGUUUGUGGCAGGUGUGUCUGCAACCUUACACUAUGAGAAUGAGGAAAAUGUUGCCUUGGAAGCCUUCUUUGUGUUUCCCAUGGAUGAAGACUCUGCUGUUUAUACCUUUGAGGCCUUGGUGGAUGGGAAGAAAAUCGUGGCAGAAUUACAGGACAAGAAUCAGGCUCAUGCCAACUAUGAGGAUGCCAUCUCUCAGGGCUUCCAAGCCUAUCUACUAGAAGAGGACAAGUGCUCCAGAGAUGUCUUCUGUUGCAAUGUGGGGAACCUCCAGCCUGGGGCGAAGGUUGCACUCACCCUGAGGUAUGUGCAGGAGCUGCCCCUGGAAGCCGAUGGAGGCCUACGCUACGUGCUCCCAGCUAUCCUGAAUCCGAGGUAUCAUCUCUCUGGGCGGACUGAGGGCAGUUGCCUUGAUCUGAAGACUCCUGUCAUGCCCUUGGAGGACCUGCCCUACACACUUGCCAUGGUCACCACCAUCAGUUCUCAGCAUGGAAUCGAAAGGGUCCAGUCCAACUGCCCCUUGAGCCCCAUGGAGUACCUUGAACAUGAUAAGACUUCUGCUCAGGUUUCCUUGGCUGAAGGACACAAGUUUGAUCGGGAUGUGGAAAUUUUGGUUUACUACAGUGCGGUGCACAGCCCCAGUGUUGCUGUGGAGAUGGAGAUGCCUGAAAGGAAGCCAGAUAGUUUGAUGGGAAAUCCAGUGGUCAUGGUGAGUUUCUAUCCAGAUAUCCCAGAAGUUGAGGCGUCAAUGAUCUGCGGGGAAUUUGUCUUCCUCAUGGACCGCUCAGGAAGCAUGCAGACCCCUUUGAGUAAGCAAGUCAGGUCUCAGCUGCGCAUAGAGGCAGCCAAGGAGACAUUGAUUUUGCUGUUGAAGAGUUUACCACUAGGCUGUUAUUUCAACAUCUAUGGAUUUGGAUCUUCCUUUGAGGCAUUCUUUCCGGAGAGUGUGAAGUACACUCAGGAAACAAUGGAGGCGGCAGUGGCGAGAGUUAAGGUCCUUCAAGCAAACCUAGGUGGUACUGAAAUCUUGGCACCACUCCAGAAAAUUUUCAGGGGAUCACCUAUUCCCGGCCACCCCCUACAGCUUUUUGUCUUCACAGAUGGAGAAGUUGCUGACACCUUUAGUGUAAUUAAAGAAGUUAAAUUCAACAGCACAAAACACAGAUGUUUCUCAUUUGGUAUUGGAGAAGGUGCUUCCACCAGCCUAAUAAAAAGCAUUGCUCGAGUAUCAGGGGGCACUUCUGAGUUUAUCACAGGCAAGGACAGGAUGCAGGCCAAGGCUCUUAGGACCCUGAAGCAGUCUCUACAGUCCGUGGUGGAAGACGUCUCCCUGAGCUGGGAUCUGCCUCCUGACCUGACUGCUAACAUGCUUUCACCAGAACAGACAGUCAUUUUUAGGGGUCAGAGGUUAAUUUUCUAUGCUCAACUGACAGGGAAGAUGCCGACACAGGAAGCUACAGCAGAAGUGCGCCUCAAGUACACACUCCAGGGCAAGAAUAUUGAAAAAAAGGUGACCUUUUCUCUACAACCCAAAUAUGACUCCAACUUCACCAUUCAUCGUCUUGCUGCGAAGUCUGUGAUCCAGACAAAAGACAUGGGUUUCCGAGAGACCCCAGCAAGAGAAAGAAAAGAUGUGCUGAAUAUCAGCCUGGAAUCCGGAGUCAUGAGUUCUUUCACAGCUUUUAUUGCUGUAAACAAAGAGCUCAACCAGCCAGUCCAGGGGCCCCUGGUUCACAGGGAGAUUCCAAGGCCUGUUUUGGUUUCAAACUCAAUAAGCACAUGCAAGUCUUUUUAUUCAGGGGCCCGACGCUUCGGUGCUUCCAAUGUACAAGGUCCUGUACCUCCACUGGCUAAAAGUCUGGGUUGCACCUCAUCAGGGUGGAAGGAUGGUGGGCUUCCUGCUUUUAUAGUGGCGCAAUCCUCCUGUGCUUCCAGUAUGCAACCUAAUUUCUCUAGGGGGAGCAAAGCUUGCCUUAACACCUUGUCAGAGUGGAAGAAUGGUGGGCCUCCUGAUCAAGUUGCAGCGCAAAGUUGUAGCCCUUGCCCGAGGAUCGUAUGUGCACCACCUGCCCUAGGGCCUCUGCAUCUGAGGAAAAUGCCUCAUUCUUCAGCCAAUGAAACCAGUUUGCAAAAUAACUGUGAAGAAAUUGGUAUUGUGCAGUUGAUAUUCCUCCAGAAUGCAAAUGGCUCCUGGAAUCUGAAUGAAGAUCUGGCCAGGGUCCUCGGUGUGAAGCUGGAAGACAUAAAAGCUGCACACCCUGAUGAGCAUGUGGACCCCUCAGUCUGGGCCACAGUCCUUGCUGUGGUCUGGCUACAUACCAAUGGGAUGGACCAGGAGUGUGAGUGGGAUCUGGUGGAAAGGAAGGCCAGAGCCUGGAUUCGCACACAUGCAGGCUCUGCCACAAACAAGGUGGUGAAAGCAGCUAAUGCAUUCCUGAAGUCUUCUGUUGAUCCUGUUAUUUUUACUUUCUAAUAAUGCUACUGCAGAAAGAAGUGUAUGUCUUUGGCUGUUGCCGACAUCCUUUAUGAUCUUUUCUGCUGUAAUGUACUUUUGUGUUUUAUAUUUCCCCUAUGUAUUUCUUGCCAUAGAAGUAAAGGAUGCCUACCUCACCUGCCUCUUUUCCUGGUACCUUUGCAUGUCAUCUUUUCUCCAAUGCAUAGCUUCAAAAUAGUGAUGGCAGUUUGUAACCUUGUGCUCUUUAUACUUCAAAGCGUUCAUAUUCAGUAGUAGUCCUCCUAGGUUUUCCAGGGCAAUGAUAUAAAAACCAGAUGACAGAGACUCCAGACUAAGGAUAUCCAUGUUGUGUUAGAGAAUGCCUGAUGUCGAGAAGUCUCUACAUUGCAUUUGUACAUUCAUUAUUUUCUAUUUUGGAUGAACGUUGAAGUUCUCCAUUCUCAGAUGGAAGAUUUGAAAGUUGAAAACCAGCAUCAAGAUCAAUAAACAUCAAGAUCACCAAGGGAGAGACCCAAGGUGCCCAUUCCAAGCAUUGGCACUGUUGGGAGGGUUCUAUUAUUUCUGCCUAGACUUUGUUAGCCUAUAUCUCAUACUUUUAUUGCUGCUGCCAAAGCAAGCAACUUGAUUUGAGUUAUUCUUGUUGGAGACAGAUGAUUGUCCUUCCUCAUCAACUGUCCUGUAAGAGACCCAUGAUGGAAUCCUUGGACUUAUUCUGAAUCCAUGAGGACUAUAUCAGGCUCUGAUCUAGUAUAAGAAAAGAAAUAAUAGUGCACAUGAUGGCUAUGCCAGAGACCUGAACCAGGAUUUCUCACCACCUGAGGAAACAUGGAGCUGCCCAUGAUUGCUUCUGAACUUAUGUGCCUUAUCCUACCAGAAAUGACCUGACUCAGUGAAGUGUUCCUUGAAAUAACUAUUAUAUUAAUAUUAAAAUGCUAAUUUCUAUAUUUACCUUUUGUAUCUUGCCUUUCAUAAAUUAAUUCAUUGGAUUUGCAUUAGUUUAAUUAUCCUUUGUUGUUCCGUCUCA